GGAAACGGUUCAUGGUGACAGAUAGGUUUAUUUCUAGUGUUUUUACAAAAAAAAAAGUGUCUCUCAGUCUCGUUUUAAACCAAAAUUUGUGCUUUUCACUAAGUUUCUAACGAGAUUAAACGAAAAUAAAUAUUUUAACAAUUAAUUAAAAAUCAUGAGCCACGACGCAAUGGGUGAACAACCAAUUUUCACAUGCCAAGCACAUGUCUUUCACAUCGACCCGAAAACGAAACGCACAUGGAUCACAGCUAGUACAAAAGCAGUUUCCGUCAGCUUUUUCUAUGAUUCGUCGAGAAAUUUGUAUCGCAUAAUCAGUGUGGAAGGUAGCAAAGCCGUCAUCAAUUCGACCAUAACGCCGCUGAUGAGCUUCACCCAAACAUCACAGAAAUUCGGUCAGUGGAGUGAUGUUCGAGCCAAUACAGUGUACGGCUUGGGCUUUUCGUCGGAGGCGGAAUUGACAAAAUUUGUGGAAAAGUUUCAAGAAGUCAAGGAAGCUACAAAGAGUGCACUGGCGAAAACAGCAAAUGGCAGUUCAGCUGCCACACCUAUCACCUCAGCGAACACCUCUCCAGUUACAGGAAGAAACUCAGUUUUCCAAAACGAUAACGCCGUCACAAACGAAGUGAAUGUCGAACCGCCACAGUUAAUGUCAGCAGCAAAUCUUCAAAAUGCCAAUCCCGACAGUCCAUCACACAAAAUAAUCACGAAUGCAAACAACUUAGAAAAACUACCCAAUCUGAAUAACUCAUCCACUGAGUCAGGACCACAAAGUGAGCAACAAUUAAAAUACGAAAACGAACGACUAAAGAUGGCAUUAGCUCAAAGUUGCACCAAUGCGAAAAAGUGGGAAAUUGAACUCGCAACAUUGAAGAGCAACAACAUUCGUCUGACCAGCGCACUCCAAGAAUCGACGGCAAAUGUCGACGAAUGGAAGCGACAACUUCACACCUACAAAGAAGAGAAUUUAAGAUUGAAGCUUGCCAUGGAUGCGAUGAAACCGGCCGGAAAUGCAUCGACUGGACCGAAUUCAUCGGAAAAUAGUGACGAAAUGCGCCGGGAGAUUAUUUUCCUAAAAAAUCGGGUUCAAGUCUUGGAAAAAGAUUUAAUGAAUGCCGAUGUUGAGCUGAAGGCAUCGAAUUUGAGCUUAAAGGAGAAGAACAAUGAUCAAGUGAUGAAACAAUUGGGUGAGAUGAAUAGUGAGUUCUCGAAGCGGCUGCUUGAAUUGAACAAUUUGCAGAAGGAAAUGGAAAAAUUGAUAGUUCAGCGGAGCACUUGAAAUUUAGAAAUUGGGAAACAUGACAAGCUAUCGCUCAGCUCAAUACCAGAUAAUUUAUUGAAUCAAAAAGGCAUGGUCGAUAACAUUCAGUCCGAUGGUGGCGUUGACGCUGUAAAUAGGAGAGAAAAUUUUUCACGUGCCAAUUCGAUUAAAAGCGCAACGGGUUGUGUGAAAAGCGACGAUGGAUUAAGUGUUGGAUCGAAUGCCACAAUUGGUGGCACAAAAACAGCAACAAUUCUGGUGUCGAAAACAAAAACAAAAACAGGACUUCCAUUGUUAUUGAAAAACUCAAUCAAUUAGGCUAAAAAUCAUUCGCUCUUUUCUGUAAUAGCUUUAGUGUCCCAUUCCCAUUUUAGUGAUCCCGUUCCACACCCAACCCAAAAUCCCAAAAUGAAUGACAAGGAUGAUUUCAGAUGUCUAAUCCAUUUUAGAAAAUAAUUUUUCAUUUUCCGGUUUAGUUUUUUCGCUUUGCCAAAAAUGCAAUAUUUUAGUGCUAAGAAUUAGUGUGUGUUAUAGUCUUGUCGUUUAGAUUUUUUGAUACCUUUUUGUAAUUAUUUUAUUUUGUUAAACAAUGGAGAAAAAAAUGCUUAAAUUUUAUAGACGAACGAUAGGACGAUUAAAGUCGAUAUCGAACUGAAAAAGAUACUUAA